GAGUAUAAAUCUCGUUUGACCCACGUGUUCGGUGUUGCUUCCAGACAAGUUUGAACAGUUUCACCACAUCUAUGGCAUAUCCCAUCUAGAUACUUGCUUUUCAGUGCUAAAAAUUUCACGAGGCCGCGCUCGAUCAUUGCAAGUUCCCUCCUUUACUUUCCCACGGCGCUCAAAUUCCGUCCAUGUAAGACAUUCUCGUUUUAACAUUGCAAAGCGGAGAAGUUAAGUGUAGCUAUACCCCCUGAAAGUCAUGGACAGAUAGCUGAGCGGAUACGGAGUAUUGAAAGAAGCGACUUAGCGAGGACCACAACAACUGCUCUCCUGAUGGAUUCGUUGUCAUGGCAGCGUUUCCUUCUCCGCAGCCUGGGAUGAAACGUUGUGACGCUCUUUCGGUGAACACGGUUUGUCCACAUCGUCGUCUUGUUGCCACGCACAAGUGUACGAGUGAUCCUAGUUUGCUCAUACGGGGUGUGUUGAAUGUGCUGUUGUGUUGCUUCGGCACCUGACCUCUGUUCUGGUGCAGUCCCACGAAGCUCCGGUCGUCGUGACUCCUCUACCGGUGCUAUAUUUGUGCUUAUUACAACGCAACAUCUACGCAAAGCGGACAAGACUGAAAUCGAAGAUCCAGGAAUAAGUGAAUUUAGCCUCGUGGAUCUCCAGUGAUACCGGGUUAUUGAUAAGUGAUAUCACGCAUUUAUCUUCGAAAGACUACAAGCAUCGACGUUGUGUCCCUGGCGUCCUUAGUCUAGCGCGAAAGAGCUGUCAAAACUUUGACACAACAUCAGACCAUAGAAGCAUCAUCAUUGUGCUAACAAUCAUUGGCUGUGUUCCAUCUGACUUAAAGUUGAAGUGCGGAUGAAUUCCCAGUAUAAAGGUGUCAUCGGCUGCGUGACCACUGUAGCGUAUCGUUGUCUACACGCCGUCUAAUGCGUACUCUCGGAAAGACGUCGUCGACGCCCCCCAAGCUGCCUCCCACUGUUGUGGAGCCCUCUGGGGAGGACCCUGCUCCGACGGGUAAAUCGCGCCAGGGCAAGGCCCGGUCUCCUUUCGGUCGCCUCCAGGUAUCCCUUACGGGCAGUAGCCACCGUCACCGAUCACCGUCGAGCGAGUCUGCACCAAGUACGCCGACGACCUCGUCCGGGAUAUUUGGGAACCGCUUGAAGUCGCCGUCGACCUCCUCUUCGGGAUCAAAAUCUCCAGGGACUCUGCGAGCUCUUCUGAGUCCCUGUGCCGCUGAAGACGGGACCUUUUUCGGCUCGUCGACUUCGCCAAAGUCACCCAGCAAGGCUUCGACAUACCUUAGCCGUGGCCUGCGCUUCCAGUUGAAGAGGAGGAAUACAACCAACGUUGCUGAACUCCGCGUUCCCAAUGACGGAUCUCUGUUAAGGCGCCAUUCUGUGGAGCCCGAAAGGAGACGAGGCUCGGUGGGUCACCAACGUUCACUCGACUCCCUCGACCACCACACGGCUCUCAUUCACAGGGAACGGCUUCAACAUGCGGACUCCCUCUGUGAUAAGAUAGACAUCGAGGACCUCGGUGAAGACGAGAAUCUUCUGUUUGUGAAAUUCUUCAAGUACUACCGUUGCUAUGAUCUCAUUCCUGUCAGUGCCAAACUUGUAGUCUUUGAUACGCAGCUGUUGGUGAAGAAAGCAUUUUUUGCCUUGGUCAGCAAUGGUGUAAGGGCAGCACCGCUUUGGGAUAGUGCAAGGCAAGAGUUCAUUGGUAUGUUAACCAUCACAGACUUCAUCUACAUUCUGAGAAACUACUACAAGUCCCCUCUGGUACGAAUGGAAGAACUGGAGGAGCACAAGAUUGAAACAUGGAGAAAUGUGCUGAAUGAUACCUCAAGGCCACUCGUCAACAUUGGGCCAGAUGCCAGCCUGUGUGAUGCCAUCACCACCCUGAUCCAUAAUAAGGUUCACCGUCUCCCAGUCAUUGACCCUCAGACAGGAAAUGUACUUUACGUACUCACCCACAAGAGGAUACUCAAGUUCCUUUUCCUUUAUUACUACGAGCUACCACAUCCCAGUUAUCUGGACCAGAGUCUUCGGGAACUGAGGAUUGGAACUUACGAGAACAUUGCGACUACAAAACCCAGUACUCCCUUGAUCGUGGCUCUGAAUCAGUUCAUUGAACGGCGAGUCUCUGCUCUUCCUGUGGUGGACGAUCAGGGAAAGGUGGUCGACAUUUAUGCAAAGUUUGAUGUCAUUAAUCUAGCAGCUGAAAAGACAUAUAAUAACCUCGACAUAACUAUCAAGAAGGCACUUGAACACAGAGAUCAGUAUUUCGAAGGAGUGAUGAAGUGUACUUUGAAUGACACGCUCCUUGCUGUCAUGGAACGGAUUGUCAAAGCUGAGGUACACCGUCUAGUGGUUGUAGAUGAAGAAGACCACGUAGUGGGCAUCAUAUCUCUCUCGGAUAUCCUUUCUUACCUGGUGCUUAAACCCAUGGGCAUGGAACGUCCCGACAGGUCCCGUCUACUCGACAGUUCUCCACUCACAGUGCACGAAGAAUCCGAAGAGACACACGAAGAGGAGCACAAUUCCAAGGACACUGCGUCGGACAGUGACGGGUGAUACGGGGGAAAAAACUGUCCUUCUGUACAACAAUGUAGCAUUACGCGUACAAAACGCCUGCCGUGGCAUGUCAAACUUUGGGCUGUUACAGCUUAAAAUGGAAAUAUUUAGCGACACGGCCAGCUGCAUCGAGUGUCAAUUGUCUCGUUUGUUGCGGAGUCUACUACUUCAGCUGCAUGGUUCGCAUGUGACAACUGAAGCGAUUUAGGCUCUCGCGGAUGUUUUCUGUUUUGUUUAAGAUGAAAAACCAUGUUGUCCUUUAUAAUUGGGGAAGGUUAUGUGGUGAAAAAUUAAUCGGUAAAUGGUUUCCAGUCUUUAUUUUUUCUUGCCACGCAGUGCAGCCUCUUCUGUUCUGCGGGUCAUAGACCACAUAGAUGAUACUAUAUAAGAGGAAUAUACCUAUAUACAAGUAGCCGUUUGUCGAUCAGCAACCGCAUGGUAAAUUUGUAUGUGUAUAUAGAGCCACAGUAUGGGAACUUAUUUACGGUAAUCCAGUUGCUUCUUUAAUUGACUGGUCUCUAAUGUUUAGAGAUGGAGGGCAUCUCUACUUUUGAACGGUUGAAUGAGGACUACGUGGGUAUGAGACAGUGCCAUUUUCUUUCGCAUCUCUUCUGAGGAUGGCCAAAAAUUAUGUAAAUAAGUGAUUGUUCGAAAUGUACAUAGCUCAGUGUGCUUAUAUGAAGUAUAUUAAUAUGCAGAGAUUGAAUAAUAGAUUUCCUUUUGCCACAAA